AUGAAAAGAAUUAACGAUAGAGGAGUGUUCCCAUGGAAAAACAGUUCAUCAAAGAAUCAAGAUGCACCAUCAUCAGUUUCAUGGAGACUGUUCGGUAGCAAAUCCAGUGGAAAUCUCUCUUCAAAGAGUUUGAGCUGCGAAGUGCAGAAGUCUUUGACUCCAGUAUCGUCAACAGCUAAUACACCCCAUCAUCACCACAAGAGACAAGGCAGUUCAGCGAGUGAGAAGCAGUUUGAAGAUCUAGUGGCUAGUUCUAUGGCAUUGAUUCAACAUGACAGGCCUUCAAACUUGCCAGCUAAAUGCACUGAGGAAGCUCUCCGUCACAAGGCAGAACAUGCUCGCAUGGUGGAGGCAGCGAAGAGGCGAGUAGAACGCGAGGCGGCUGCGAGGCAUGCGCGGAUGCAGGAGUCUCUACGCCUCGAGGAGCGCCUCGCCAGGCACGCUAAAGAGUGGACGCAGAGCAUACUACCGGAUUGGCAAAAUACGAAAAACGCGAAACGCACUCUAGAACUGUGGUGGAGUGGGAUUCCACCAGCAGUUCGCGGCAAAGUGUGGCAACUGGCCAUAGAAAAUAAAUUGAAGAUCACCCACGAGAUGUACCAAGAUUAUGUCGCUAAAGCUAAGCAACGAUUACACGAAGCACAACUUAGGCGGAAACGGUUAAAAGUUAACCAGAACACCUGCAGCUGUAAGAAAGAAACAACGGAAGAAAAAACUAACAAAUUAGAUGACAUUCUAGGCAAAACUGAUGACAGAAUAAAAGUCGAAGAAGAACAUAAACCACGUCUUGGCAUCCCUAGAAACUAUAGCGAGCAAAACUUGAAGACCCAGGAGAAUGAGCCUAAAAAGUGCUGCUCGAAAUCCAACCCUAAUUUAAUCGAGUAUAGUGAUGAAUGUUCCAUGGAGUUAAUCCAGUUGGAUAUUGCUAGGACAUUUCCACACUUGUGCAUUUUUCAACCUGGGGGGCCGUAUUUUGAUGUACUACAUGAACUGCUGGCGGCGUAUGUCUGUUAUAGGCCUGAUAUUGGAUAUGUCCAGGGUAUGUCAUUCAUCGCUGCAGUGUUGAUACUGAAUAUGGAGGCGCCACAAGCGUUCGUCUGUUUCGCGAACUUGCUCGACGGGCCCGUGUUAAGAGCUGCCUUCACAAGAGACGGAGCCACUAUGCAACGCCUGUGGAAGGCGUUCGGGCGCGUGGUGCACGCGUGGCUGCCGUGGCUGGGCGGGCGCGUGGCGCCCGAGCUGUACCUCGUGGAGUGGCUCUACACCGCCUUCGCCAAGGCCAUGCCGCUCGACGCCGCCUGCCGCGUCUGGGACGUCUUCCUCAGGGACGGCGACACCUUCCUCUUCAACACCGCGCUCGGAGUGCUCCAUCUCUACCAAGACGAGCUGAAAGACAUGGACUUUAUCUCCGCGGCCCAGUUUUUAACCAAACUACCAGAAGACCUUGACACUGAAGCAUUAUUCAAGAGCAUUUCAUCAGUAUCUCUGACGGCCGACGGUAUGUCCUUCGAAGAGUUGGCGUCCUGCUGCGAACUGGACACGACCCUGGACGAUGACGUCACAGUACGGUUAUGA